GGUGUUGGUGCUGCUGCUGCUAGUGGUGCUGCUGUUGGUGGUGCUGCUGCUGCUGCUGUUGGUGUUGGUGCUGCUGCUGGUGCUGCUGCUGCCAGCGUGCAAGCCGUGAACGGCCGUGCUUGGGAAGGGGACGCACCGCUGCCCCUGCAUCUUCGCGGCAGACAUCCUGCACAGUUAUUCGCCUCGAGUCGUUCUCUUGGACGCUGGGGGAAGCUCCCAAGUCGCAGGCUCCGCCAUCGCACUUGCUGGCUGAGUGAGGCUAGGCGAGGUGCGUGGUGCGCGAGAGACGGCGAGAGAGAGUCGGCGAGAGAGAGAGAGAGAGCCGAGAGGAUUGCAUCGAAGCGGCCGCUCGGACAAGAAGACGCCGUGCACACAGGAAACGUGUGGACAUCGACACCAUCAACAUCAGCAACAUCAUCAGCAGCAGCAGCGCCCAGCAGAAGGAUGACGUCGGCGUCUUCCACGGGAUGAAGUCGGGAUGAACCCAGCGAUGUAAAAGGAGAUAUCUGCGAAAACUAAGCCACAAAAAAACCCUGCAGACUAUUUCAGGAGCAUUAUAAUAAUUAUUGUGUGUAUAUAAACAUACACACGCGCGGCACAAUGUGGUGAAAGUUUAAGGCGAAUUAAUGUCUUGUGUUCAAUCAUCACCGCGUGAAAUCGGCAACGCCUGAGCCGGACGGAUGCAUCUGCGACGUUGACUCGCGCCAUUGAACUGAAAUUAGUGAAUCGCAGAAACGCCGUCCGCAUUCCAUAAGGACAAAGGCACACACACACCACGUGUCGAGAGAGAGAGAGAUGCUGCUGACGACGAUGAUGACGGUGGUGGUGGUGCUGGUGCCUCGUGCAGCAGCAGCACCCACACGCGCUGCUGCCACUGCUGCUGCUGCAGCUGCUGCGAUGUGAGUGCUGAUUCCGAGACCCCAGCGUGCGUCACGUGACGCCUUCGUCUCUGGCUCCGGGAUGUCGCAGACCUAAGAGCACGGGAGAUGCUGCUCCGGGCUGCCCGUGCACGUUGACCUGGAGUAGCCAUCCCUCCUUUCUCCUGACUGCACGGACAACCCAGCGAGGCUGGACCCGUGGUGCUGAGGAGAUGUUGUCUCCCUCGCCUGGUACCCCGGAGGUGCAACAAAUGCUGCUGAAUCAGACUGGUGCAUAACGCGGUUAAUGGAGAGCGGUGCGGAUGACAGCAGGAACCGUUGUCAUCACGGGCGGAAUAUUGGCUACGGUCAUCCUUCUCUGCAUCAUCGCUGUUCUGUGCUACUGUCGUCUGCAGUACUACUGCUGUAAGCGCGAGGACCCGGACAGCGAAGACGGAGAGCAGCCGGACCUGACCGCGCGUCCCGCGUCCCCGGACUCGCGCUGCUCCGAGCUGGCGGCCGACGGGAAAUGCAACCACCUGCCCGUGGGACAGCCGCCUCCGCCACCACCCCCCCGCGCCCCCUCCUGUCGCCACCAGCGGCCCCCCCGCGGCGACCGCGACCCGCGGCUCCCGGCGGCGGCGGCGGGCCCUCCGCCGGCCUCCCGGCACGACCGGCUCGGCUGCGAGCGCAGGACUUGCCGCUCGGCGGCACAGGCGCCCUACCGCAGCCCGUUCUAUGUGCACGUGUCGCCGACGGGCGGCGUGCGUAACGGUGGGGAGAGGGUGGCCUACUCCCCUCCGCCCAUGCCUCUUCCGCUGCCGCCACCGCACGGAUUCCCCGCGGCCGCGAAGCGGCCCGGACACUUUGGCGGAUUCUCGCACAGCGUGAGCACGGAGGUAUGAAGGCCGCCGCCCUCGUCGCCCCCGUCCCCCCGCGCCCCCGCCCGCCGCGCCUGCGUCUCCGCGAGCUCCGCCGCCCUCCGCCGUGGAAGAGCGCGGCCCGGCGGGCCCGACGGGCCCGGCGGGCCCGACGGGCCCGACGUCCGUCCCCCUCCGCCCCGCCCGCUCCGGGAGGGUUGGUGGGUCCCGGCCGGCGGCGGCGAACGGAGAGGCGGGAAGAAGCGUGGCGCUGCGGAGACGGCAGGACGACGACACCGACGACACCGACGGCACCGCCCGAGCCGCCUCGUCACUUCGUUUUGCGUUUCCUCGUUUUUAAAAUCCCGCCGGCCGCUUCGUCUAUUUUUUCAACGUGAAUGUCGUGACGUCACAACCUUCCAUGACAUUUGGCCGCGGGGCCUUUUUAACGUCUCGAGAGGGGGGGCGGGGGCGUUGUUGUUUUCACGGCUGGAAAUGUCGCUUGGUUAUUUACACACAAACACACACAAUGGGAGAGUUCGUGGGACUGUAGCGUUUUGAGACUUUUUGGCGGAGUGAAAAAAAACAUUAUUAUAUCUUUAUACUCCUUCAUUGUCACAAUGCGUAUUUGGACACACCGCUUGUGUGUGUGUGUGUCGAUGUGUGGAUGUCGAGGGACGACAAGAGAGGCUUUUACAAAGUGGGGAAGUCGUAACCAGGACUCGAAAACAGAAUUCCGUCUGAUUUCACUGAUUAAACACGGCCACGUGAGUGGAGUGGAACGGGACGGCAUGGAAAUAAGAUAUUUUGUUAAUAUUUUACGGAGUGUUACUGAAUAUAUAUACACACACAUAUAUAUACAGAUACGGGGUUCCUAAUCCAGAGGAUAGCCAGUUCGUUCUCCCCCGGGCACGGCAGUCAAAACCACGGCGAAGUUUCUGAAAUCCCUCGCGCUCUAUCCAGCAGCAGCAGCAGCAGCACCGCAGAGAAGCGCGCCACAGUCGACCGGCCAGGCUCCACCGGUUGCGGGGUAAAGCGUGGGGUUGGGGCUACCUCCCAACUCUUCCGAGAUGUCCGACUCGCAUUGAAGAGUAGGCCAAAAUCCCCUCUCAAAAGAGGGGAGUGUGGGGUGGGGUGGGGGGUCAUCUCUAGAGCUACCCUCCUAGCGGGAGGCCUCUUCCGGCAGCAGCAGCAGCAGCAGCGGUGUCACGAGGCCAACGGCUGAAGGCGCUGCACCUGUACCUGCGAAGAUCCCCGUGUGGAGCCGUCGGGUCAUUGGAGACGGGGCUGAUCCCAUGUACGUGUCACCGCCACUAAUAGGCAUUCACAGUGUUACACGAUGCACGCACAGUGGUGUCCCCGAGUUUGAUUUGUUGAUAUGUUUGCACGAAUUAGGAUAUUUUUAAGAAAAGAAAUAAACUAUACGAAGACGAAUUUGUACGAAUUAUUGCAUUCCGGAGGAGGGGUUCGCGUGAGCAAUGUCACGGCUAGGCGGCUGGCUGGCUUUGGCGGGGCGAUAGAUGGUGAUCGUGAUGAUGGAUGUUGUUGAGUUUUAGCGAUGCUGAGGAUUUGUGCGUGUGUGUGUGGUACACGUGUGUGCAUGUGGUGCACGCGUGUGUUUGUGUGUGUGUGGUAUGCGUGUGCGUGUAAAAUUUCACCACUAAAAAUCCAGCUGAGCAUCUGGGUCAAUAAUGCGUGUACAUUAGUGGCGGUUUUAUUAUUUGUAUGACGAGAUGAUUGUACAGAGUUACGGAAUUGGCCUGCGAAUUUGGGUGGAGGGAACAGAAUAAUAAAUACAUGGAAAUGCAU